AUGCUCGCUCUCGUCUACCUUGGACUUGGGCUUGCUGUCUACUCCGUCUACUCCAUUGCAAGGACCCUCUACGACUGGUAUCGGCUACGACACAUCCCCGGCCCCUUCUCCGCCGGCUUCUCAAAAGGAUGGCUCUUCAAACACACCUGGGAUGGCUCCAUGUACAUGGAAUCGGCAGAACAGUGCUUCAAAUACGGUUCGCUGGUUCGCAUUGGUCCCAACGACCUCAUCACAUGUGAUCCUGAGAUCCUCAAAACUAUGGGUGCGGCGAGAUCUCCGUACCGUAGAUCUGACUGGUAUGACGCCCUUCGAGUCAAUCGUGACAAUAUCCUCUCUGAGCGAAACGAGGAGAGACAUGCUAUGCUUCGCGCCAAAAUGGCUCCUGGGUAUGCUGGCAAGGAGAACCCCACCCUGGAGCAGUCAAUCGACGAGUGUAUCGCACACCUUGUUGGCCUCAUCGAACGGGAUUAUCUCUCCACGCCGGAAGCGUUCAAACCCAUGGAUUUUGCUCGCAAGGCACAAUAUUUGACGCUGGAUAUCCUUUCCGCAAUUGCCUUUGGAGAAGCGUUCGGAUUUCUUGAAAAGGAUGAGGAUGUGUUCCAUUACAUUCAGACAACGGAAAGCACCAUCCCGGCCAUGAUCCUGUGUGCAGCAUUUCCAGGCCUGUCCAAGAUCUUCCAGUCCCCGCUGAUGAAGUUUCUCAUGCCCAAGGACACGGAUGCGUAUGGUCUGGGCAAAAUCAUGGGAGUCGCAAAGGAGGUGGUCGCCAAAAGAUUCCAGCCGGGCGCGAAACCACAGAUGGACAUGCUGGGAUCGUUUCUGAGACAUGGUCUCUCACGAGAGGACGCCGAGACGGAGACCAUGGUUCAAAUCCUGGCCGGUAGCGACACCACCGCUUCAGCGAUACGUGCGACCAUGCUUCAUAUCCUCACCAACCCGCCCGUCCUGGCAAAACUGUUGGCCGAGCUUUCGUCCGCAAAUAUCUCGGAUCCCAUUCAGGACUCUGAAGCCCGCAAAUUGCCAUACCUGCAAGCCGUGAUCAAGGAAGGCCUGCGCAUUCACCCUCCCGUCACAGGUCUCCAAUCGAAGUGCGUUCCCCCUGGGGGAGACACACUCAAUGGAUAUUAUGUCCCGGGCGGAACGAAGAUCGGAUACUGUGCGUUCGGACUGUUCCUGGACGAAGGGUUGUGGGGCCUUGAUGCCAAAGUGUUCCGACCCGAGCGGUUCUUGGAAGGAACGGAGCAGGAGAUCAAGCGCAAGGAGGCCAACAUAGACAUGGUAUUUGGUUAUGGGAGGUCGUCGUGUCUCGGGAAGAGCAUCGCCUUCAUUGAACUCAACAAGGUGUUUGCGCAGCUGCUUCGGAAAUUCGAGUUCACCAUUGUCAACCCGCAGCAUCCGUGGAAAUCCUUCAGCGCCGGAGUCUUCAUCGUGAGUGACAUGUGGAUGCGGGUCACAAGGCGAGAACCGCCAAUCUGA